AUGGGAGCCCGGUCGCCGGCCGAUGCCUGUCUCACCAACCAACCGCGCGACAUCGGCGAGCUGUGCGUCGUUUGCGGUGACAAAGCCUCGGGCCGCCACUACGGUGCCGUAUCUUGCGAGGGCUGCAAGGGCUUCUUCAAGCGCUCCAUCAGAAAACAGUCGUCCCAAAUCGGCUACCAGUGCAGAAGCAGCAAGGACUGUCCGGUCACCAAAUUCCACCGGAAUCGCUGCCAGUUCUGUCGGCUGAAAAAGUGUCUGGCGAUGGGCAUGCGAUCGGAAUCCGUGCAAGCCGAGCGGCGGCCGAUGGGCGGAGCCGGAUCUUCGCCGCCAACGAUGGUCCCCACCCCGCCCUCCUCGCACACCCCGUCCCUCACCUCGAACACGAUCAUGAACGGGCUGCUCGCCAUCGCCAAGUCGUCCGACUACAAGAUGGAUACGGAUCAUGGUGAGCAAGACUCGUCUGAAUGCCGUUCCUCGUCGCCAAUGUCGGCGUCGCGAGCAAGGUCAGCGUCGCCGGAGACGAGCGUUUCCUUGAAGAGGGAAUCGAUCGGGGAAGACGAGUCGGGCAUUGACGUCGGCUCCUCUGUCUGUCUGGGUGUUGCUCCAUCUGAUUCUCCCUCCUCGUCAUCCGGCGGUGCCUCGAGCUCACUCUCUGAUGACCUGUGCACGCCAAUAUUCAAUUCUGAACGUGUCCGCUUUGAACUCCCGGUGCCCAUCCCCGCCCCGUCGGAGCUGAACAUUCAGUACAUCUGCGAGACGGCGUCACGUCUUCUAUUCUUGACGGUGCACUGGAUGAAGAAUGUCAAAGUGCCAUUGAAAAAUUCCACCCUUGAGGUGCUGAUGAAGGGCAAAUGGUGCGAGCUGUUCGUGCUCGGCCUGGCCCAAACGAGCAGCCAGGUGGGGCUCCCUCGGAUGCUGGAGGCGAUGAAGAGCCACCUCUCGGCUUGUGCCCGUCUCGGCCAACUGAAGCCCGAGAAGUUCGAGGAGGUCGCCGCCCAGAUCGCGCUUCUCGUGCAGUUUGUCGCGCGGUUGGAUGCGCUGGCGUUGAGCCCGCAUGAGUACGCCUACUUGAAGCUGGUCGCGUUCACGGGGACUGACACUCCCGCCAGCUGGGGCCUCGAAAACGAGACGCAACCAUUGAACCGGGUGGCGUGCGGCGAGUUGUACGAGUAUCUGCAGACCAUGUGGUGCCCAGGCGAGGAUUCCCUCUCCGAAGACCCCGACCCGACGUCGACCCCCUCAAGCGCGUCGACGAUCGACCGAUUCUCCCAGUUGCUCCAACUGCUCGCCGGGCUCCGCUUGUUCAAGGAGACCGUGCUCGUCGAGCUGUUCUUCUCCGGGUUGAUCGGCAACCUCUCAAUCGAGACGGUCAUCCCGUUCGUGCUGAAGAUGGACGUGAUGGCCGUGUUCGAGACGCCGUCGACCUCGUCCUCUUUCUCAUCGGCCUCCUCGUCGGACUCGAUGCCGCACACCGCCUCUUCCACCACCACCACCAACGUGGCCACGCUGGCCACGAUGUUGGCGACCAAG